GCCAAGCAGCACACAGCAGAAAUCCCUGCUGGCAGAAGUGCCUUCAAACUCAGCAGCAGCCUGCAUAAAGCCAGGGAAUGUGUCAUUUCUGCUUGGUCCAGGCCCCACAUGGGCAGAAGCCUAAAGAGAAAUGCAGCCAUGCAACUGACAUCUAAUAGUCUGCCCAUCCUUAGAGAUGUAGAAAAUAUUCUGGGCCACUGAUUUUGAACCAGGCUGGCUCUUGAGUAACAAGGGCUGAGUGUUUCACAAGCCCUGUGCACAGACAUGGAGUCCACAGGCUAGAAAAGAUUCAUCUAAUCAGAGAAUCACAGGAUAGUUUGGGUUUGAAAGAACCUUUAAAGGUCAUUUAUUCUUCCCAGCCUCUAAUUCUGCCUGGCCAGAGAUGAUCAGCUAUUCUGGUACAGCAGUGACAGCUGCUGUUACAGGAUAACCUGAGGGCACCACAAAUUACUGAAGCAAAAAACCACAUUGCCACCUUUUAAUGUUUCGGGUGUACCCCUCCCCAUUUACAGGCACUAUGGAAGGGCAAGGCAAAGGUACCCAGGAGCAGCCAGGCUGCAAUGGAGAGGAGGCAAGUGCAGAGAGCAGUGCUGCUGAUCCCUUCCCAGCUCUUGAAACACGUGUGAGCUCUCUCUCCAAGGGUAGUAACAGCAGUAGCCAAAAGCCUGAACUUUGCUUCCAGAAGGAAUCAGCUGUUGAACUGAGCAAAUUGUGAUGCUGGGUGGGUGGAAGAAGGGAGGGAGGAAGGGAGGGAAGAAGGGAGAGAGGGAGGGAGAGCCAAGCCUGACACGGACCAGAGCAGGAGGGGAGGCACUCACAAAGGCCUUGGAGGCAGGAUGAAAAAGACAGUAAUUACAUAAGAGCACUUGGCGAGCAUCUGGCUGGAGUCAGCCGGCCCCGCCGGCCCUCCCUCCCGCGCUGCUAACCAGGAGCAGCUGAGGAUACGGGAUACCGAUAACUCAGCGCCGGACCCCUGCGGAGGGGAGCGGAGGGAAACUGAGGCACAGGCAAACGUGGACAACUUGCAAUGGAUUUCAUUGCACGUCAGUGCUGGAGCCUGGUCACCAUGGAUAUAACCUACCUGCGCACAUCCCUGACCUUCCUUUUUCUCCCUCUUGUUGUGUUUGGGGCACCCGCUGAUGAACCCAACCUCACAGAACCAGGCCCUGGUGCUUGCAAGCGCUGUUGUGACUCACUGGACUCUUCUUCAGAUACCCCACCAGUCCCUCCCAGCCACCACCACUUUCCCUACCCAGUGCCAGAGGUCCGUCCCUAUAUCAACAUCACCAUUCUGAAGGGAGAGAAAGGAGACCGGGGAGAACCUGGGAUGCCAGGGAAAUGGGGCAAAGAAGGACCACGAGGCGAGCGGGGUGCCCAGGGCCAGAAAGGCAGUAAAGGACAGAUGGGCGCAGCAGGAGACCCCUGCAAGCAUCAGUACGCUGCAUUCUCCGUUGGUCGCAAGAAAGCGCUGCACAGCAGCGAGGGCUUCCAGGUCUUGAUCUUUGACACCGUCUUCGUCAACCUCUACAGCCACUUCGACAUGUUCAACGGCAAGUUCUACUGCUCAGUGGGUGGACUUUACUAUUUCAGCCUCAACGUCCACACCUGGAACUUCAAGGAGACCUACAUGCACAUCAUGCGCAACGAAGAAGAGGCGGUCAUCCUGUAUGCCCAGCCCAGCGACCGCAGCAUCAUGCAGAGCCAGAGCCUCAUGCUGGAGCUCCAGGAAAAUGAUGAGAUCUGGGUGAGGCUCUACAAGCGGGAGAGGGAGAAUGCCAUUUACAGUGAUGAUGUUGAUGUGUACAUCACCUUCAGUGGGUACUUGGUCAAGCCCAGCAUUGAAUAACUCCUCUUCCUUAGGGCCUCUUAGGCCUUUUCCUUUUUCCUCUCUCUCUCUUUCUCUCUCUCUCUCUCUCUCCCUCUCUUUACUGCCCAUAGCCACUGCAAAUUCACUUGGAAAUGGGCCUGUCAAAUCUCAGGCACUGAGUAUGAAACUUGCCACGCUGGCUCCCCCCUCACACUCUCUUGUAGCCAGACCUGUAUCUGUCCACUUUACAUCAUGGCACUACCACCUCUUGCCCCUCACCUCAUAACCCCAACUUAAGUUAUUGGUUUCUACUCUAUCUACCAGCAAUCUGCCUCUGGCAUUAGGGUUCUAGAGCAAGAGGAAAGCUAAAAUGCUGUUCCUGGGCCUGUGUCCCUCCUUGGGGCUUCAUACACAAAGGACUCCUGUGGACAGGGCUAGAAAGUCCCCACUGCUGAGGUACAUCCUGUCUCCUCUCCAUCCCAACUAGACAUACCAGUUUUGAAGACUGAAACAAGGUCUUAAUGUCACCUCUGAUGUCUGUAGUCUGGAGAGCAGACUGGGGCCUGAUGGUUUCCUGUAGCACAAGGAAGAGGUAGGAGCACUGGGAAAGGAUAUUCCAAAAAUAUAUAUUCCAAAAAGGGAACUGUUGGCCUUCUAAACUGGCUUUCCAUAGACACUCUUGUGUGUCACAGACUCCAGGCUGGCCAUCAAACCUAUGGCUGGUGGGAUUGUCCUCUGUGCCAGCUCUAGCUCUUCAAAGGGAUGACGGGCCAGACACUUGGCCAGACCCUUCAUGGGCCUCUGCCUUUGAUUCAGUAGAGGUGACCAUUCUGUUCUCACUAGGGAUCACCAGUACAGAAUGAGAGACAGGGAGGGAAACCUUGAAAACCCCUUCCCACACCUCCCCUGGGAUGCCACUCAGUCUUGGCUCGUCAGCUAUGGGAAGCUAGGCCAGAGAGUGAACCUGAAUCUGCUCUUCUUUGGCAGAGGUGCCAUUUCAUUGUCCCCCUGAAGGUGGUUCUCCCACACUGCUAUUGAAGGACCAGUGUUUCAGGGCCUGAGCUCGAGGCUGUAGGGGCAAUUGCAGUUAAAUCAAUUCCAAACGUGGACAGGCUGCCACUUUUUUACGUCUGUGAUGGAACAGAGAUAGAGGUGAGACAACAGCACCUUGCCCAAGGGUUAAAAGCUUCCCUGCUGUAUGCUCCAUGCCCUUUUCUGGCAAUCUCAUCAGAGUAACUGAGAAAAGCAUGUGGCUAAAACAAACCCUCGCUCCUUUUUGUCAGGUUGGAGAUGUCGCAGUGAGAAAGGAAUGCCAGUGGUAGGGUUUUCUAGUACUAUUUAUAUUGGUCUCACACUGCUCCCACUUGCAUCCCUCUGGAGGGGAUGCUGCAGUCCUGGGGGAAGCAGGUGAGGCUGGCUCAGCACUUUAGGAAGCCUACUUCCACAUGUCAUUAUGCUCCCUCCCAUAAACAGCAGUGCCAAGACUUGUCUCCUUUUUGAGUCUCAGGGCAGGACAAGCAGGAGAAACACAGGUAUUCCUCCUCUGCUCAUCACUGGUCAGGAAAUCUUCAGAGUUACCCAGGUUCUGCUGUCUCAUUGAUGAGCCACGGUCUCUGUCUAUAGCACCUGGGAGUACCAGGGCUCUCCCAGAAGAAAUGUGCAUCAUUAUACAAGAUUAUACCUGGUACACACAGCUCAGGAUAGCAAAGGAACAGGGACCAAGGCUAAAUACUAAAACUGACCUUGAAAAAAUUGCAGGGCAUUUUCUCUCUUAUCCUGUUUACUUGCUCUCAGUGCUUUUCUAAGGAAGCUGUACAGACUGCAGUGAGUUUCAGGAACUUUGCUCUGGAUCCUCCCCACCAGUGUCAAUGAGGCAAUGGGUAUAAAAACAAAGUUUCACUAAGG